GUCAAUCCCGUGCUGUACACUUGUAACAAGUACUAGCAAGUGCUCGAUUACCUGCGUCUCGCUGUAAACUGUAAUUAUACCAAAAAUGACACUCCUAUUGAAGUGGACCGCGUCGGUUAUCACCGUGUUGGUGUUUGUUGACGUGACAAACUGUGACAGGUACGAACAUCUUAAGUCGGCCAUGAGAGGACAAUUCGAUGAAGAACGGUGGCCGGCGGAGUUGCAAGUAACUAUAUACAAACUAAAGAAGGACCCGGCCAAACAUGUUGCUGCUAUUGGCAAAGAAAUCACAUGCAACGAAUCGUACUACAAUAUAUACUAUCUGCUUCUGACAAUCCCGGAGCACUUCAGUUGUUCCGGAAAAAUCGUCAGUUUGUACAAGGACAUUGAAAACCCGUAUAAAGAUUGGGAGACAAAAAUGUUAUUGGCGGCGUUCAACGUCACUCUGAACGACAAUGAAAUGGACGUGUCAUGGUUGCUGUUUUUAUUCGUUAAGUGGGUACAUGUACACGUGUCCGUAAACCAAAGCAAUAAAUUGCUGCCGACCUGGCAGACUGCGCACUACGGCAUGUAUAAAGUUCUGCUUUGCACGAUGUCAGAGAACGAUUGCACGAUGUUUAAUCGCAAUUUGCUCACUCAUCCGACCAGUCGUUUACAAACAUUUCCUGAAUACCUGACCGACUUGAUACCGUCGCUAACCACACGUAGAGUCCAUCCUGAACCUUCGGUUAUGGUAAAGCAACUUCUGGCCAAGCACUGGAAUGAACUAUGUCACAACUCCAGUCUGGGCUGUAUCCAAGUGGAAGACGGUACUUCUGACGCGGUUAAACCUUUGGCCGAAGAACAUUUGACACUGAACAUGCUGUAUUUGAAUGACAUGUUCGAUAAAACUUCAGAGGCGACCGCUCUGCUGACGGAAUUCGGAGUGUAUGAAGACGGGAUACGGCUGGUCGAUGAUCUGAAGACUAAGAUUACCGAGAUCAAAAGCGGCCGUACGUCUUUUGGCCAGUACGUCUUGUCGCUGGUGGACUUCCACGGACAUGUUAUGCGAGCGUUAACCACCAUCAUGUUGCGGAUCUAUUAUUCAUUUUUGGAAAAGUUUAAAAAUGAAAAACCUUGUCUUAAGAAGAAAACAUGGAAACUAUUUUUCGAAACCUACAAAGAGUGGUGUGAUUUUUUGCACUUGCCCAAAAGUAAUCCUCUGUAUGCCCAACCCAGCGGUGACGAUAACACGAGCAUCCACGAAUCACAGCGACGGAUAAUUGAAACGUUGACGGUAUUAGGCAGAGAGUCAAACGACUCCUUGAACGUCAAUUACACGGCCCAAUCGAUGGAGAGGAUCAGAUUCAAUGAGAACAAUAUAAAGGCGAGCGCUAAACAACAUAACAUAAAAGUCAGCUCCAAUCUCACAAUAUUGGGGGUGUAUACAAUUAGUUGGCCCAUUAUGUGCGCCCAAGUGAUAAUCGGAAUUAUAAAAAAAAUAUUUCCCCAUAUCCAUUACAAAGCGAUCCAGUCGUUGGUUAAGCUCAGAACAUCGGAAAAUUUCAACCGAUUUUCCAAAUACGAACAGCAAUACAAACCGAACAUGUUUUCGCGGAAAGAUGAAACGCAAUCUAUUCUAGUUUGCGACACCUAAACCAUUAAGUACUAACAUUGUUUAACCGCAAUUUAAGAAAUCCAAUGUAAUGUCGUUUUAUUCGACAUUAUAAUUGUUGUUUAAUAAUUAAAUAUAAACUGGUUUGUUAAUAACUUUUAAUUUUUUAAUGUCCAC